UGCUAGAGCUAGCGCUGUGGAAAAUCACUAGAGUCGGCCGUCGGAAUGUGAGAGCUGGAGGGGGUCGAGGAGAAGGGUAAUGGUUGGAGGUUUUAAUGAGGGGGAAGCUCACUGGAAUAACAACAUUGAAGGCCCAGGCCCCACCGAUACUCUUCGAAGACUCUUUCCGUUUUCCUUCAGCUUGGUUAAUCAAUGAAAAUCACGUUAAAUGCCGAACGUAACGUGGCAAGUAUUCGCAAGGACCUGCCUGAGCUCCACGACCACGUCGAAAUUUUCGGAAAACUUCUUUGCCUUCGGACUCUUCGACAACAUUCCAGGACAGAAACCCAACUCUGUUACUAGACUCUCAACCAUACCAUCCUGCUUCCAUGUCUAACAAGAGUACUGACUUUAAUCAGGGCUUUUUUACAAGUCGACUCCUAACUUAGACUGAGUCCUAACUAAGAUUAGAAGAAGUAUCAUUUAUGUUUUUGUUCAGGUAAUGCGUUCCUUUGUGUUCCCAACUGUCGACAACUCUCAGGAUUCUGCCCAGAGCCAGGAAACCAUACAGGUAACCAAGAUGCCAACAGGUGAUCAAAUGGGUGUCUCUCAGCGCCCGCCUGCCACUGCAGCCGUCCAGAUGCCAGACUGUAAGGCCACAGCUGAGAACUACGCUAACAACAAUAUAGCCGGUGAUACAUGCUUACUAUCAGAGCAAAUGGAUUUGAUGAUGAGUAUAUCAUCAGUGGAAGACUUCCAUCACGGUCUCGAAGACUCAAGGAGAAAACGCAAGAAGAAGAAAAAGAGAACUUCAGGAAUUGUGCCAAAUAGAUUCGAAGAUGUGUAUGAGUUGACUGAUGAGCUGUUAGGUUCUGGGUCAUAUGCUUCAGUGAAAACAUGUCGACAGAUAUCUACAGGGAAGGAGUAUGCAGUCAAGGUGAUGGAGAAGAGACCAGGAAACAGCCGUACCAAGAUCUUCAGGGAGGUAGAAACUCUCUACCACUGUCAGGGACAUAAUAACAUUCUGCAGCUUAUUGAAUACUUCGAAGACAAUGACAGGUUCUACCUUAUCUUUGAGAAGAUGUACGGCGGUGCCUUACUGCAGCACAUUGAGCAGCGUAAAACGUUCACAGAACAGGAAGCUAGUCUUGUCAUCAAAGACAUCGCCAGCGCUCUCUCAUUCUUGCACAAUAAAGGUAUCGCCCACCGUGACCUGAAACCCGAAAACAUUCUCUGCGAGAGCCAGCUAAGCAUCUCGCCGAUCAAGAUAUGCGACUUUGGACUCGGGAGCGGGAUCCACCUGAGUAGCCAGUACAACACCCCCGUCACGACGCCGGAGCUCCUCACCCCCGUCGGCUCGGCGGAGUUCAUGGCUCCGGAGAUCGUGGAGGCGUUCAUCUACGACCUUCAGGCGACGGUGUACGACAAGAGGUGCGAUCUCUGGAGUCUUGGGGUGAUCCUGUACAUCCUGUUGUGCGGUCAUCCGCCGUUUGUGGGUUCGUGUGGAGAGGACUGUGGCUGGGACAGGGGAGAGGCGUGUCCAGACUGUGAGGAAUUGCUGUUGCACUGCAUCCAGUCCGGAGAGUACGACUUCCAUGGUGUUGAGUGGGAACACAUCUCUUGUGGAGCCAAGGAUCUCAUCUCACACCUACUGGUCCGGGACGCCAAACAGAGGUACACUGCAGACAUGGUCCUCAAUCACCCCUGGGUCAAACAGCCUCCAAGCACACCUCUACUGACGCCAGCAAUCAUCAAACGUAAUAACAGUGCCAAAGAUCUUAGUCAGUUUGCAGCAGAAGCCGUGGCUUGCAACCGCCUCGUUGCGCAGAAAGAAGAGGAUGAAAUCCAAGAAGAGGACGAAGUCAACAAAGAAGAAGACGACGAUGAUGGAAUCUGCAUCAUCAGACCCUCGGGUCAACUCAACAACGGUGGCAUCAACUUUGGCCUUUCACCUCCGGGUCAGUCGGCGCUGGCGAAGCGACGAGCAGCGAUGCAUAGUCAGGGGAGAGAACAGUGUAUUACUAUUCAGGCCUAAAUAGAGAUGAACAGUCAAGGGAUAGACCAGGUCUAAGGAGAGAUGCAAAGUCAAGAGAUAGACCAGGCCUAAAGAGAGAAGCUCAGUUGAUGGAUAGACCAGGCCUAAAGAGAGAUACACGGUAAAGGGAUAGACCAGUGUAUUACUAGUUA